AUGAACCGACAGCGUCAGAUUCUGUCCAAACGUACCCUCACAACUGUUGCAAUCAUCAGCUUGGUCGCUUUAUUUGCCCUUUUCAACUUCCCGUCCAUCAAUCCGAGUCGUCCGAACCUCGAGAAAUCAUAUCUCUCAAACUCCAACAUGGGCAAAAUUGUGCAUAUCGUAAUGUUUGAGUUCAAGGAGGAAGUAAGCGCCGAAACAGUGAAGGAUGUCUGCAAUCGCCUGCUAGCACUCAAAGACCAAUGUUUACAUCCUACCACAAACACGCCGUAUGUCAAGGCCGGAAUGGGAGGAAAGCAGAACAGCCCAGAGGACCUGUCCGGCGGCCUUACUCAUAUCUUUGUGCUCGAGUUCGCAAACCGAGCCGACGAGAUGUAUUAUUUAGAGAAAGAUCCAGCACACCUCGCUUUUGUGAAGAGUAUUGACGGGCUGGUGAAGAGGGCGCAGGUGGUGGAUUUUAUUCCUGGCCUCUUGUAA